UUUACGCUGAAAGCCUGACGAAAGGGUUUUACUCUAAAUCUCAGCAGCCGCGAAAGCCUUCGGUUUCAGGGUUUAACUGCUCAACUCACCUCUCAAUUGUCGAAUGCUUCUCAAUUAUCCGUGUCCAACUCUGCCUUUUCAAUUCCCAUGCUGUUUUUCUCUUCCAGUCUCGGACUGGCUUUUCACAGAAAACUUUUCGUUCCACAAAAGUUUCUGCGUUGUUUGUCAGUCCAUGGCGGUGGAGCUGGUUUCAAAUGGGGUUCUUAUUUUUUCUCUCAAAUGGCGGUUUCCGAGUUGAACUCAAGCUCCACUUCUUCCGAUGACGAUGACCAAAUGGCAUCUUCUUCUUCUUUGUCUACUUCCAUUGCUUCGGACAGAGCUCUUCAUUGGUCCUCUGAGCUUGAUAGCUUCAGAGUGGUCGAAAUCCUUCGUAGCCUUAGAGCCGAACCCGAUCUUGCUAUCGCAUUUUUUCACCGGAGCAAGGAGGAAGCCGGAUUUCGACAUGAAAUCUCUGCCUAUGUUGAGCUUGUAAAGAUUUUAUGCUACUGGGGUUUGGACAGAAAGUUGGAUUCUCUUUUGUUGGACCUUAUUCUUCUUUCAAAAGAACAACCUGGAGACCCCGGAAACCCGCCUUUUCUGAUGUCGGAGUUUCUUCUGAGGCUUGAAGAUGAACUUGAAGUUGGGCAGUCGUUAUUUCGAGCUUACAAUGCCUUGGUCAAGAGUUAUGUCAGUGUUGCCAUGUUUGAUGAAGCCAUAGAUGUUUUGUUCCUAACGAGAAGGCGGGGUUUUGUUCCGCAUAUUUUCACAUGUAACUUUCUUCUGAACCGUUUAAUUGAGCAUGGUAAAAUGGAUAUGACUGUGGCCAUUUACAAGCAGCUUAAGAGGAUUGGUUUGAGCCCCAACGAUUAUACUCAUGCUAUUGUGAUCAAGGCACUGUGCAGGAAAGGUGCCUUGGAAGAAGCUGCCGAUGUGUUCUUGGAGAUGGAGAAAGCUGGUUUAAAGCCUUCUCCUUUUGCUUACAGCGCCUAUAUUGAGGGGCUUUGUACUAACCAGAGGUCGGCUUUAGGAUACAAAGUUCUUCGAGCUUGUAAAGAGUCAAAGGUUAACAUUGACAUGUAUGCUUAUGUUGUUGUGAUUCGUGGACUCUUUAAUGAGAUGAAAUUGGAUGAAGCUGAAAGUGUUUUUUUUGACAUAGAAAAAGAUGGGUUGGUCCCUGAUUUACCUGCAUAUGGUGUAAUGAUUCAGGGCUAUUGCAAGACACAUAAUAUGCUUAAAGCUUUGACUCUGCAUGAUGACAUGGUUUCGAAAGGUAUGAAAACUAACUGUGUAAUUGUUAGUUCGAUUCUUCAGUGUUUGUGUAAGAUGGGCAUGCAUUCUGAAGUGGCAGAUCAAUUUGAGAAAUUCAAAAGUUUGGGAAUCUUUUUUGAUGAAAUAUCAUAUAAUAUUGUUGUUAAUGCUUUAUGUAAUUUGGGGAAGGUAGAACAAGCUGUAGAAUUGCUUGAAGAGAUGAAGAGCAAAGGAAUGGUUUUAGACAUUAUGCAUUAUACCACUCUCAUUAAGGGCUAUUGUCUCCAAGGGAAAAUUGCUGAUGCCUUGAAUCUUGUGGAGGAAAUGAAUAAAAAGGGUUUCAAGCCAGAUAUCGUUACUUAUAAUGUGCUUGCUGCUGGGUUUUCUAGAAAUGGCCUUGCCUGUGAGGCAUUUAACCUUUUAGAUUAUAUGAAAGAACAGGGUGUAGAUCCAGAUUCUGUUACCUACAAUAUGAUAAUUGAAAACUUAUGCAAAGGUGAAAAGGUCAAGGAAGCUGAACUUGUUUUCAAUCAUUUAGAACUUAAGAGUGUGGAUAGCUAUUCUGCAAUGGUCAGGGGAUAUUGCGAAGCCAACCAUACAAGAGAGGCGUUUGACCUUGUUUUUAGGUUGUUGAAGCAAGGAACUUUAGUAAGUAAAAGUUGCUUCUUUAAACUGCUCUGUAAAGUUUGUGUUGUUGGUGACACUGACACAGGUCUUGUGUUGCUUGAGACAAUGUUAGCCAUGAACAUAAAACCUACCAAAGUUAUGUAUAACAAACUCAUAUAUUCUCUCUGCCAGGCUGGAGAUGUGAAAAAGGCCUGGCAUAUUUUUGAUAUUUUAGUUGAGCAGGGUUUAACUCCUGAUGUCAUUGACUACACAAUGAUGAUGAACAGCUGCUGUAGAUUGAACUAUUUGCAAGAGGCCUUUACUCUCCUCCAUGAUAUGAAAAGGAAAGGGCUUGAACCUGAUAUCAUCACUUACACAGUUCUGCUUGAUGGCCUUUUGAAAACACAUAGUAAAACGAGCAGCUCUUCUCAGAGAGCAAGGAAAAAGAACGAACCAGUGGGUACUUCAAUUGUUUUGAGUGAAAUGCAGGAAUUGGAAAUAAGGCCAGAUGUAAUUCUUUAUACUGUUUUGAUGGAUGGCUAUAGCAAAAUAGGAAAAUUUCAGGAUGCUGUUGUUCUGUUUCACGAAAUGAUUGAACGAGGAUUAGAACCUGAUGCAGUGGCCUAUACGGCUCUUUUGUCAAGCUGUUGUAAUAGGGGUGAUGUUGAUGGGGCUGUUACUCUCAUUAAUGAGAUGUCUUCUAAGGGAAUAGAGCCGGAUACACGUGCAAUCGCUGCUCUUCACCAUGGGAUUCUGAAGCAAAAAAAGAGAAGCUUCAGAAAUAGUUAGUAUGUUGGAAAGUAGUCAUUUGUCAGAGCCAAUAUAUAAAGGUAAAGGAGACUAAAAAUGUUGGUAACAGGUCAUUUUGGAGUGGGGUAUACAUUGGGUUUUGAAAUGCUAAAUUUUAGUUUUUAUUUAUUUACUCAAUCUUACUCUUUCCACACUAUAAGCAGCCUGCUGGUACUGGCCGUAGGUCCAGAUGAAGCCUGCGAUUGACAGGGAGAUCUGCAGCUGCACGAGCCCCAAUCGGUGCUCUAAUGCCAUCUGUCAUGAAUGUCAGCUGCUUCUAACCAUUAACCACUCACCAUGAAACCGAUUUAUGGUAUUCUUUUUAUCCCUUGUAGUAAUUUUUGACUCUUUUCUUCUAGCUUGUAACUGCUGUCAGGUGUAGUUUAAUUUUGUUAUUCAGAUGGUGAAAUGACAGAAGUGUGUGGCUGUAGCAUGAUGCUAGUAGUGUUUUAGCUGAAGAAGCUUAUAUUUUGUUGUUUUUGCAUCCAUCUGUGCAACACCCAAUUUAUGGUUAUUUCACAUCCAUCUAUGUUUUCAUUGGUCGUUUCUUGAUUUAUCUUUUCUCAUUUAUGUUCAAUUUUGUAAUAUUGAAGCAUGGAAUAUAGGGCAUUACUGGUCCAAUUUUCUGGAACUUCGUUCUCAUUCUAUUGACACUUGUUCGACAGAAGGUAGACUCAGCUCUGAGGCUCUAAAUUUAUGGCAUUUUUAUGGGGAUAUUCUUAACUCCAGAUCUAAGUCAUGCUAUAAUUCUAGUGAACGGCUGGAAGAGUCGGAGGAAGUGAGCCUUAAGCAUUGUCCCAAGGUUUCUAUCAAACGAAAAUGUGGAUGAAUAUUGGCCAACAUGGUGAAGUUUUGAUAUUCUAGUGGUCCGUAUUUAUUGACGGACUUGAUUAACGUAGGUGUGAAAGAGAGAAAAGUGUAAGUUUCUAUUUCAUUUGUAUAGUAUGUGAUGUAUUUGUGUUGUGUAUAAAAAUGCCUUUAUUGUUAAUGAUAAUUAUUAUUUUUAAAUAAUCAAAAGAAAAAGAAAUUUUUUUAAAAGAAUAUGGGUGGAUCAACUUUCCAACCGCUUAUAACAGAAAAAACAACCUUCUGUCUUGUUGUUGUGUAUAUAAAGCCCAUAAAAAACAACUGAAACAACAACACAACAAGUAAUUGGAAGCAAGAACCACAUAACCCAGUUCUUGCUUGAUUCUCGUUUUCUUUCUAGCUAGCUAUUACAAUAAUGGCUGAUGAGGAGAUUAGAAGGAAGAAUAGAGAAGAGAAGUCUAAGAAGAAGAAGGAAUACAAGAGUGAAAUAGAGAGUCGAUUAUCAAGAGAUAAUGAGAUAGAGAAGGUGGAUGAGGAUGAGGAUGAGGAAGAGGAAGAGUUAAUGAGAAGGGUAAUCGAAUUGAUGGAAGAAGAGGACUCGCUGAAGAGGGAAAUUGAAUUAUUGCAUGAGCAACGGCGAUCCAUGGAGGAAAGCAUCCGAAGACAAAUUGAAAGGUUUUUUACAAGAGAAUACAUAGAGGAAUUUAUGAGUAGGGAAAAGGAAUUUGUGAAUUGGGCAGUGAAAUGGACUUUUUACAAGAGGCAACGACUUUACACGAUGGAAGAAUAUCAGAGCAAGGAGACAGAAUUGGCUCAACAAACUUUGGAGGAUUUGCUCACCACCAUCCCCACUGCCACUAGUACUCAUUAUUCUUCCUACGUUUUUACCAUCUUUUUUGAGUUCGUUCUCAUUUGGUUGUAUAGCUUCCUCAGAAAAUAAUUUCACUAGCACUGUGUUUUCAGUUUAGUUAAGCAUAGAUUUUCUGUAGUCAGCAAUUGGAACAACUUACAAUCUUCUCCAUCGAUAAUAAUAAUAUUUUUAAUUAUUA